AUGACAUCUCUUGCUUUCUUCUCAGCUGCAGAGAACCAAUUUCACGGCUCGCUUCCGGCCGGCAUGUUCUCCGCCCUCUCGAAUUUGCAAAUGUUUGAAAUUGGAAUGAACCAAAUUUCAGGUCCAAUCCCAACUUCAAUAGCAAAUGCAUCUUUGCUUCAAAAAUUUGAUAUUGGCUUCAACAACUUUGUUGGACAAGUUCCAUCUCUUGAAAAAUUGCAACAUCUUACCUGGCUAAACUUAAAUUACAACAAUCUUGGCAGUGGUUCAGAAGGUGAUUUGGACUUUGUAACAUCUUUGGUUAAUUGCACCAAAUUGGAAAAUUUGGUUCUUGGUUCCAACAAGUUGGGGGGUAUUUUACCCAUCUCAAUAGGCAAUUUGUCCACCCAACUCAUUGAAAUAAGUCUCUUUGUUAAUCACAUACAUGGAACUAUUCCUGAAACAAUAGGAAAUAACAUAAAUUUAAUUUCUUUGUAUUUGGGUGACAACCACUUUAGUGGGAAUGUUCCAAAUUCUUUUGGAAAGUUUCAUAAGAUGCAAUCUUUAGAUGUGGGGCAAAACCACCUUUUAGGUGAGAUACCUCCCUCCUUGGGAAAUCUCACUCAACUGGUUGAAAUAAGUAUUGCAAACAAUAUGUUGGAAGGAAAAAUUCCACCCAUUAUUGCAAACUGGCAAAAAUUGCAGAUUCUAGACUUUUCUAGAAACAAUUUUACUGGUGAGAUACCUCAGCAGAUUUUUGGACUUCCUUCCUUGUCAAUAUUUUUGAACUUAUCUCAUAACUCAUUCAAUGGCAAUCUAUCUGUUGAAGUUGGAUCCCUUUCAAGCCUUGACACUUUAGAUAUCUCCCAUAAUUAUCUCUCCGGGGAGAUUCCGGAGACGAUCGGCGAGUGCAAAAGCAUGGAGUAUCUGGAUUUACAUGGGAAUUCCUUCAAUGGAGUGAUACCUUCAUCAAUAGCUUCAUUGAAAGGACUUACUCAUUUGGAUCUCUCACUAAACAAUCUGUUUGGAACAAUUCCAAUAGAAUUGCAAAGCCUUUCAUUUCUAACAUACUUGAAUCUUUCUUUCAAUAACUUGGAGGGCAAGAGUUGA